UUUAAUCCAAACCAUAAACAAUUCAACGAAAAUCAAUAAUCCAAUCCAACAAUAAUACAAUAAAGUAUCGAUUUUUGUUUCCAAAUUCCAAAUUCCAACUACACCCAUUUCUUCUCUUCAUUCCACCAACGAAUAAUCCUGCCCUCUCAAACGUCUAUCUGCCAAAGCCUUCCCCUGCUCUCUUCUCCUUUUGGUCUUCCCGAGGCCCUGCGUCCAUUUCCACUCCAAAUUUUUGCAGACCCAUCUUCCAUUUGCCCCCUUCACUGCCGCAUUUCGGACUAUUUGAUCCUCGAAAUCAACGCAUUUCAUCUCUCGCCGCUGAUCUCUGUCUUUCUCUCUCUCUCGCAUGGAUUAUAAAUCGUGUUUCGAUAGACAAGAUUCCCAUGUGUUUGGAGAGGCAACACUUUUUAUGGAACUCUGCUAAUCAGAGCCUGUUUCUUCUCUCAUGGCGGUCGAUCUUGCUGUCUGGACCACUUUUUUGUUGUGGGGGUUUUCUGUUUUUAGAUGAUCUUGCUGGCUUGCUCUAUUGGCUUCAAAUCUGUCUCGUUCUUCUUCAUGAUGAUCUCUUCACUGCAUUGUUGUUUUACAGCUCGAAGUUCUGUUGUUUUAUCAGUGUUGUGAGAGAAAUUCUUGAUACAAAGUAUUUGUUUAUAGCAAGGAGAUGCAAAAUCCUCUAGUUUAUUUCUUGAGAUAUGGGGCACUCUUAUGUUGCUUGUAAACAUUAUGCAUGAUCAUUAUGUUAACUGCAAAACUCCUUAGGAACAAACACCUGCAAAGAGGCAUUGAACCUAGCUAAAUACCAAACCUCCCUCAAAUUACUCAUCACAUCUAGAAGUUCUCCUAAGAAAGACACAAAAAACAAAAAAGCCAUGCAUAAUCAUUAUGUUACAAUGAGAAAUUUUAAGGGUUUUGUUGGCUUCCUAUCUGCUAUAGUUAGUGGAUGGAUUGGGAUGUCUGUGUCUUCUGGUAAUUAAGCAUUGUUUAGAUUUUUAAAUUUUAUCGUAAUGAUAGACGAAUGAAAGACGUGUUCAUGAUGGUGUAGAAACUUGGAGUGUGUUGUGCUAAAUUUUUCAUGUAAUUCACCAACAUAAUAGCCUUCUCUUCCUGGAAAAAAAGGACAAAAAGGAAAAUAAUUUAGACCUUCUAUAUUAUGUAUCUUGUUUUGGGGGGAAAAUUCAGUGUUUACCUGAGUGACUCAAAUUUAAUUUAUAGUUUUAAUUUCAUCAAAUUGAACUUUGAAGUUAAAUACAUAAGACAAGGGACAGGAUCAAAGAUCCAUAGAGCAUCAACACACAAGACAAGAUCCAAAAAAGCAGGAUUUGGGACCUUGGUAUGAUGUGGUUAGAGCGUUGAUAGAUUACCAGUAUGGUUGGUGUUGAAGAAAAUGACUUGAGUGAAUCAAGUUUGUUAAACCACCAAGGAACUCCGCGCCAAGAUGUUAUAGCUGUUUCUUCUUCUUCUUCAUCUUCUUUGUCGUCUUCUUCGUCUGAGAACGAGUUACAAUCCCGAUCUAAUGAAAAUGCCUCUCGUGAACUGGUACUAUACAACCCAUCUGCUAAUGAUGGAGGUGCAGACGAACCUGUAUCCGCACGACCUAUAGAGCGCCCUCACCCCCCAUUUCAUGGACACUCGACUCCCAAUUCUUCCAGAGCUUUGCCAUCUGUAGGGGCCUUUACUGUCCAGUGUGCAAGCUGUUUUAAAUGGAGGCUCAUUCCAACAAAGGAAAAAUACGAGGAAAUACGCGAACAUCUGUUGGAGCAACCUUUUCACUGUGAAACUGCUCGGGAGUGGCGGCCUGAUAUCUCUUGUGACGAUCCUGCUGACAUUACUCAAGAUGGCAGUAGGCUUUGGGCAAUUGACAAGCCUAAUAUAGCACAGCCCCCUCCUGGUUGGCAAAGGCUACUACACAUCAGAGGUGAAGGAAGCACCAAGUUUGCUGAUGUGUAUUAUGUUGCGCCAUCGGGCAAGAAGCUUCGUUCCAUGGUGGAUAUCCAAAAAUACCUGGUUGAACAUCCAGAAUACCAAACAGAAGGUGUAUCCAUGACACGGUUUUCAUUUCAAAUCCCAAAGCCUCUGCAGGAAAAUUACGUGAGAAAGCGUCGUGCCAAUAUCGACGGUUCUAGGCUUGAAUCUGGUGAAGUGAAUCCAAUAUCAUGGGCUCGUCCAGGCGAUUCUACUGCAUUGCAGCUUGGAAGACCCAGACUCCCGGGACUGCCCUCAACUGAAACCGUUAUCGACACCAUCACUCGGUCAGGAAAGAAGGUGAAAAGAAAGGAGAUGCACAGAAAUUCCCUAUUUGAUGAAUAUGAAAAGUAAUGGUCAUAAACUGGAACUGGUGUUGGUUCUGUGAUUGUAUUUUGUUCCUUGUUUUGUUGCAGCAUUACAUACCAUAUCAAUAUGGUUCCAUCAAAAAGGGAAAAGAUGCAACUCCAAAAAAAGAGAUGGCAGGAGGAAUUUUGGAAAGAAAAUGAUGACACAAAAAUGUAAUUAAUUGUUAUAACCUUAUAGGGAUGUUUUUGGUGUGCAAUCAAUGGGGGGUGUCAAAAUCACAAGACUUGAAAUGUUUUUUUAACAUAGUGGUGCUUUUGUUAUGAAUUUGAAGAAAAUUUGUUUUGCACAAAA